AUGCAUGCGACGCUGCAGGGCUUCGAAUCCUUUGCAUGCAUUUGUGCAAUCAGGCAUCCACUCUACGAGCCCAACCCCGCGCCAUCAAAAGCAGGUAUCCCCCUAAUCAACGAUAAUCAAAACGUGAAUGGUAGUUUGUUCGCGCGUAGUGAGCCGUGCACCAACGUCCGACGAUUGACAGCUCAAAGAGUUAAGAACUUGUCGUUGAACGGCAGAUCUAACGGCGCCAAUGGCACCAACGGUACUCAGGUAAAAGAACUCGAUGCCUUGGUCGUUGGCGCAGGUUUCGGCGGCGUCUACCAACUGAAGGUUAUCCGCGAUGCAGGUUACAGUGUCAAACUGGUCGAGCAUGGAUCAGACUACGGAGGCGUGUGGUACUGGAACCGGUAUCCCGGCGCACGUGUCGACAGCGCUAUUCCCCACUACGAAUUCUCCGAUCCAGCACUGUGGAAAGACUGGACAUGGAAGCAGCGCUUCCCAGGUAGCGAGGAACUCCGGGCUUACUUCAGCCACGUGGCCAAGGUAUGGGACUUGAGGAAGGACACACAAUUUAACACCUUCGUCUCGUCUGCGAGAUGGAGUGAUGACGAAGCGAAGUGGACUGUGAAGACAAAGGCUGGCGAAACGUACAGAGUGAAGUUCCUGUUGUUGAACACCGGCUUCGCGGCGAAGCGAUACAUCCCCGACUGGAAAGGCCUUGACUCUUUCAAAGGAACACUUCUGCACCCAUCAUAUUGGCCUCAUGAAGAGCUUAACCUUCGUGGCAAAAAGGUGGCCGUUGUCGGCACAGGGUCCACUGGCAUCCAGCUGGCCCAAGAGCUGAGCGAUGUUGCUGGCCAUCUUACUGUCUUCCAGCGGACGCCGAACAUGUCGUUACCGAUGGGUCAAGUCGACUAUGACCUUCCCAAACAGGCUCUUCCCAAGCCAGAAUAUCCCAAACUCUUUGCUGAACGCCCAGAUAGCUUCUCAGGUUUCUCCUUCAACUUCCUCCCUAAGUCGACCUUUGAUGAUACACCAGAACAACGACUGAAGACGUAUGAAGAGCUCUGGAACGAGGGCGACUUCAAGUUUUGGCUCGCAACGUACUAUGAUAUGCUCUUCACCAAAGAAGCCAACCGAGAGGCAUACAACUUCUGGCGCGACAAGACACGAGCGAAGAUCAAUGACACCAAGGUCGCAGAUAUCCUAGCGCCCAUGGAGCAACCAUAUGCCUUUGGUUGCAAGCGUAUCUCCCUGGAGAACAAGUAUUUUGAAAUGUACAACAAGCCCAACGUCUCACUUAUCGACAUUAGUGAAAAGGGCACACCGAUCCAAGAGAUUACCGAGAAAGGUAUCAGGACCGCGGACAAGGAACAUGAGUUCGACUACAUCAUCAGCGCGACCGGAUACGACGCUAUCACCGGGGGUCUGAAACAGAUCGACAUCCGCGGCCCGUCAGGCGAGAGCUUGAGCGAGCAUUGGAAGGACGGCGCAAAGACAUAUCUAGGUAUGUCGGUGGCGGGCUUCCCCAACAUGUUCUUCACAUACGGGCCGCAGGCUCCGACUGCCCUGUGCAAUGGCCCCACGUGCGCUGAGCUCCAGGGCAACUGGAUCUUGCAGACGAUGAACCAUAUGAAGGAGAAGUCGCUGCGUAAAGUAGUAGCGCAGAAGGAGAGCGAGGAUCAGUGGAAGGAGCUCAUUUGGAAGCUUGCUAACGCGUCGCUGCUGCCCAGCGUAGAUUCGUGGUAUAUGGGUACCAACAUUCCUGGAAAGGCUCGAGAGCCAUUGAUCUACCUCGGUGGUGUGCCAACUUACUACAAGACGAUCAAGGAGACAGCAGCGAAUGGGUACACUGGUUUCGAUCUGUCGUGAAAUAUGAUGAUGCGUGCUUGGCGAAUUCAGGAGGUGGCUGGGGAUUGGGACACGUUAAGGGUCGUGCAUCAGGAGCGAUAGCAUGAACUAACAGAGCUCUGCGCGUUUUGAGCAUUGAUGUUAGAGAAUGAGAUACAGUUAUUCUUGUGACGCUACACGACGUAUCGUGCGCAAU